UCGGGAGUCCGCCUCGGCAUCGGAGCGAGGGGAGCCAUGGCCGAGGGCGAAGCAGAUUAUCGCUUCCCGCUUGUGGUCAAGGGGAACUGGGGCUGCAGCCUGAGCAAAUCUCUGAAGAACAAGCUCCUUUGUUACUUCCAAAGCCCCAAGCGAUCGGGAGGAGGGGAAUGCAAGAUCCUCGUGGAUCCCGACAGAGGAGAGCAGAUAACGGUGUAUUUCGCUCAGGAAGAGGUGAGAGAAAGAGUCCUUCGUAUUAAGAGCCAUGAACCCAGUCUGCCAGAAAUGAAGCCUUUGAAGCUAUCUGUCUCAUUGCCUUCAGUAGAAGUAGCACCUAAUAACAAUGUGCCUCCGGAAGAACAAGAUCCAAGCCAGAGGCCUGUCGUAGCUAAAGAAAUCCAUCAACUUGAUUACGCAGAAAAGGAGGCAGGAAAAAUGGCCAUCCAGGAGGGAUUCAGCAUUGUAGUAACAGCAGAUGCAGGCAGGGAAAUUCAGAUUGACUUCUUGGAGCUAUACUUUGAGAAUAAGAAACAUUCUGGCGGAGGGCCCGUGAAGUCCUGCAUUAAAGAUGGACAACAAUUCAUCGUCACCUUUGAAAAUGAAGCAGAUGCGCAAGAGGUUUUGCAAAGAGAUCGCCACCAAAUCAGUAAAAUUGCACUUCAUGUCAAAAAAUACCAGCAGGAACUGAGUCAAAAUCCAUCAUCUUCUCUAGUGGCUCUUGAGAAUGUGCCGGAGACUACAAUUGAGUGCAUGCUCAUUCUGUUGGUAGAGACUGUGAGCGGCCUCUCAGAAGAAGACAAGGAUUUUGAUAUGGAAAUGGUGCCUGAGUGCAAUGCUGCUGUCAUCACUUUUAUCAAGCCCAUUGAAACAAACCAAUUUAUCAGAGCGUUCAACCAGUACCAUAGGGUUCAGCAACAAAAGAUUUCAGCUCGAACUCUGGAAAUGCCUAAAAGCAUCUUGGUUGAAAAUAUUUCCCCUGAAAUUCCUAAAGACUAUAUUAUUAUCUAUUUUGAAAGCAAGAAGCACGGUGGUGGUCUGGUGCUGGAUAUCAGUUACAUUCCUGAAGACAAUUCUGCCAUAAUUACAUUUCAGGAGAGCAAAGUUGUAGCUACCAUCUUGCAGCGAAAGCAUUCUCUUAUGAAUGGCCCUGUUUCUGUUUAUCCGUACUACAAAUCUUUGGGAGCUGCCCUGUAUGGGAAAGAAAGACUACAAAUUAAGGUGCCAGAUCCAUUCUCUGUGUCUAUUGACCCCUACCACUGGAGAUUUCUACAGCAGAACUAUUUACUUCAGGAAAUAACACUCGAAAUGGCGGGCCAUUGUUGUGAGAUCAAAUGGCCUUCUGAAGUCUGCGGAAAUCCGGAAAUCAUGGUACAUCCUUCCCUUGACGUGUCAAAGAGAAAACGAUCCUCGAUUAAGACCUGGAAAGAAGACGCCUUAACCGUUCUUACACAGAUCCUGUCACGGCAGAAAGUUGUCAGGCGUGAAAUAAAUUCUGAAUUGUGGGAAGCCAUAAGAAACAGUCUAGUAAAAGAUGACAUAUUAAUCGUAACAGAUGCUUCAAAGAGAGAAGUGAUUUUGGUGGGGGCAGCGGGCAGUGUAAAGGAAGCAGAGGAGGAAAUGAAUAUGCUCAUAGAAAAUGUUCUUAGAAAGAUGGAAAGAGAGAGAUCGACAAUAGAGGAAACCAUAUCGAUUACUGCUUGCAAAUAUGCCAUUUUAUGCAAUUGUGGAUUACAAGAGAAUCUUUGCUUAGCAUAUCCAGAGCUAAAGAUUACUUACGAUGCUUCCAAAGAACGUAUAACUCUGCAUGGCCUACCUGCUGAAGUUUUUAAACUAAAAAGUGACAUCCUUGAAAGAAUGUCCAGCAUGGUUCAGAAGCCUGUUGAUAUACAUUCUAAUAUUUUUGUUUUUCUUCAACAUGUUGAUAAUGAGUCUCUGUCUCGGCUCCUAUUCUGGACCAAAAUGAUAAAUGCCUACUAUGAACUCAGUGAUAAGUCUGUACUACUGUUUGGAGGAAUUCCUCAGGACCUUCACAGAGCUGAGGAGGAGCUCAAGAAAGAUCUGACUUUCCAAAGUAUUGAACUGGAAGACUGCUCGGUUACAAAAAAGAAUGAAUGGCAGGAACUAACGGAGCAGUUGUACAAGAAGUACAAUUGUUCGGGUGAAACCAUCUUAAUUGAAGAACAGGAAGGUAAAAUAGUCAUUGCAGGUUAUUUCAAAGAAGUGGCCACCGCCCAUCAGAAACUCUCUGAUUUUGUUGACAACCAUACAUACAUUCAGAGAAAUAUCAAAACUAAGUCUGCUGCUGUUGUAAUGUAUAUACAACAGGAAAAGAGCCCAAAGUGGAACAAUUUAAAUGGACAAGGUGUAAAAAUACAUUUUGGUAUAUUGAGAAGUCGUAAAGUGAUUUCCCUUGAAGGACCCAGAGUUGCAGUUCUGAAGGGAGUUGAACUUUUUCAUAACAUUCUGUCUUCUCUCCAUGCUAUUAGCAUAGCCAUUGAUAAACCAGGGGCAAAGUCAUUCUUCAAAGAACAAGAAGAGUUGUACAUUAAUGGUGCGAGACAGAGGUUUAACUGUUUGAUCAGGAUUCAGGAAGGCACAGAAGAGGUGGAAGAAACUGGAGCAGAAGGGAACAGCUAUGGAGAGGAACAGCAGCCGUGCUAUAAAGUGAAGCUAGGAAACGGCAUUCUGGUAGUUCUUCAGAAAGCUGACCUGACCCAGUGUUCGGCUGAUGUUGUAGUCAACGCAUCAAAUGUAGAUUUGAUGCACAUUGGUGGUCUCGCAAGUAGGCUGCUGGAAGCAGCAGGUCCAGAGCUCCAAAAAGAGUGUAAGGAUCUAGUGAGGCAACGUGGCUCUUUGAAGCCUGGCUGUGCAAUAAUCACAAAUGCUUGGAAGCUGCCAUGUAAACAGGUGAUUCAUGCUGUUGGGCCAAGGUGGCAGAGUGCCGAAAAAGAAAAAUGCAUAAAGCUGUUAAAACAAUCUGUGAGGGAAAGUUUAAAGCUUGCAGACCGCUGCCAGCAUCGCUCCAUAGCUAUCCCUGCCAUAAGUUCUGGGAUUUUUGGAUUUCCAUUAAAAGAGUGUACCCGUUCCAUUGUAACAGCCGUCAAAGAAAGCUUAGACGAUUUUUCUGAGAACAGUUGCCUAAAACAGAUUUACCUUAUGGAUAUCAGAGAUGAUACUGUUCAAGCUUUUUCUGAAACCCUGAAUGAAGUGUUUGGGCCCUCACUUUCUACAGCCGACCCAUUUCCCGAAGCUAAGCGUUCUGUGGCAAAAAUCCAACCAGAACCGGAAAUGUUGAUGACAGCUGAAGGCUUAAAAAUUGUGCUUCUGAAGAAAGGGAUUGAAGAGGCAGCGACCGAUGUGAUUGUCAAUAGUGUCGCCAGAGAUUUGCAGCUGGACAAAGGACCACUUUCCAAGGCUCUUCUGGCUAAAGCAGGAGGAGAACUCCAAGUGGAGUUGACCCAAGAAGGUCAAGGGAAAGACAUCAAGGAAGGCUGUGUGCUCAAAACUAGUGGCUAUGACCUGAGCUGCCUUCACGUUCUUCAUGCUGUUUUACCUGCUUGGAAUCAAAGAAAGAAAUCAGAAAACAAGGACUUACGGAACAUAAUUAAGGAAUGUCUGAAAGUCACUGAACAGCUCUCUCUGAGUUCCAUCACCUUCCCAGCUAUUGGAACUGGAAAUCUCGGAUAUCCCAAGCAGUAUGUGGCCAAACUCUUUUUUGAUGAAGUUUUCAAGUUCAGUCAAGCUGAAAAUCCAAAGUCCCUUAAAGAAGUUCAUUUUGUGCUUCAUUCCAGUGAUGCUGCCACCACCCAGGCGUUCAUGGAUGAAUUAAACAGUAGGCUGAGUGUAAGCCAAACAAGCUCCUCAGUGUCCAAAGCUUCAUCUGAGAAUUUUCAGCAGGGAAGUCAAGCUUUCUUUGAGCCGAGUUCAGCUCUAAAAUAUGGAAUUCUUAAAAUGCAAAUUGGCUCAGUUGAGUUGCAGCUGGAAGAGGGAGAUAUUACUAAACAGAAGACAGAUGCCAUCGUAAACAUAACUAAUCAAACGUUUAAUCUCAGAAAUGGUGUUUCCAAAGCAAUUAUGCAAGGUGCUGGUCCACAAGUGGUGAAAGAAUGUAAUGAUCUGGCUUCCCAGCCACAUAAUAACCUCAUAUGCACUCGAGGAGGAAAUCUGCCUUGUAAAAAUAUAAUCCAUCUUGUGCACAGCGAUGAUAUCAAAAAUCAAGUCUCUCAAACACUCAUGGAAUGCGAGCAGAGGCAGUUUACAUCUGUUGUGUUUCCAGCAAUUGGGACAGGAAUUGCAAAACGCGAUCCAGUUAGGGUAGCUGAUAGCAUGAUUGAUGCUGUAGUGGACUAUGCAAGUACAACAUCGGCCCCCGGGGUGAGAGAAAUUAAAAUAAUCAUUUUCCAGCCGCAUCUACUAGACAUAUUUUAUGAGAGCAUGCAGAGAAAAGGUGUCAUGGCUAGUAAAUCUGGUGGUGAGAUGCGUACACCGAAAUCCUUUUUCUCAAAAGUAGCAGAAUUCUUUACCACCAAAAAACCUGCUGUGGAAUUAAAACCUGCCUUAUUUUUCGAGAGAACGGUUGAGC